AUGUCAAACCUGUCGAAGAAGUAUGUUGGUAUCACCGCCAAUACGGUGGAAGUCAGCGUCAUCCCAGCGACCGCUAACGACAAGCACCCAGAGCCUACGUACAAUUUGCGUGCGGCCAACGGUUCUCCGAUAGCUUCAUUCGGUCAGCGCAUGAUGAACCUAGACUCAAUCUUCGCCGAGAUUUUCAGUGGGUCUUCAUGGUUGCGUCUGUACCCUUCGCAAUUAUCGGUAGCGACUUCCUCCGACAUUUUGGGUUGCUUGUUGAUGCUGGUCGCCACAGACUUUUAG